AUGGCCUCGCGCGGCCGCGCGGUGCACCUCCAAAUGCACUCGUCGAGGCAUCGCAGCCCGGUCAGCAUGUGUUUCGACAACGCCCGCACCAACGCCCGCACCAACGCCCCCCCGCCCUCGCACCCAACGCACGCAACUCGCGUCCCUGGCCCGUCCUCCCGCAAAGUGCGCCCGCUCGCUGCGCGCAUCACCCGCGACUUUCUGCUGCUCCCGGUUCUCCUUGAUCGCGAGGACGAGCAGACGUCCCGUACUCCGGUGCGUCACUCUCUCUCUCUCGUUACAGCCCGACCGUCGAUGGUGUUCACCGCCGCACAAGGUAAAUACAUUCUUAUUUUGUGUGUCACUUGUCGCCGUGCCCUCGGCUCCGCACCGUCUUUCCACAGCCCGCCCGCUCGCUCGCUCCCGGUCAUCGACAUACGCUGCACCCGCCUUGGACACCUCGGCCGCUGCAUCUUGCCAUCCAUCUUCCACGGCUGCCCGCCCCAUCUCGACGCACGCCGUCUCCUCCUCGGCGCGUCUCGCACGGCGGCGCCCACCACGGCCUCCUAUCGUGCGCCAUCACCUCCGUCACGCGUCGUCCAACAUGACGCCCCAGCGGCGCCCCGCGCGCGAGCGUGGAAGACAGCGCAGUCAGCGCCUGACGCGUCGACGCGCAAGAGCCGACGCGCCGCGUACCUGGAUGCGGCCUGCACCCUUCCCGUGGAAAUGGCACGGCCAACCGACGUGACGGUCAGCACACGGGCACGACAUGACGCGAGCAAGUCCACCUACGCUCUGUGGCGCAAGACGGCAGAGGGAUCAGCGCGGGUCGAGCCGCAUCAAUGGCUGGCGACACGCUCGCGUGUUCUGAGACGGUCAGCACAGGCCGCUCGGUCGUCGCAUUGUGCGGUGCAUGCAAUGGGCACACGAACGUCGGCCGCCGGCGGGCGCAGCCUCACGAUGUCUCUGUACGUAUCGCCGCGCGCACGCAUCCCAGUCCGAGAUGCGCCGCCUGGCGUCGCGCAACACGUUGCUCCCUUGCGUGCCCGCCCGCUCACAUCCCGCCGUCGCACGCACACCAGCCCCCCGGUCACACUCCCGCGCCACCGCACGCCCGCCGUCUCAGUUAUCGCGCGCGAACACGCCAAGUAA